AUGCAGCCUCCAGAAGGUGUGCAGGUCGACCUGGGCAAGGCCCAGGUCAUUGACCGCGUUCCCAAAGUUAUCAAGGAGUUGAAGUUUGGUGUUCUGUCCAACGAUGACAUUGUCAGCCAAGGUGUGGUGGAAGUUUCGGAUCGCAAGUUCUUCGACCUCGAUCAUGAUCGAGCGGUGGUAGCCAAUGGCCCUCUCGAUGCGCGCAUGGGUAUCUCCAACAAGACCUCGUCAUGUCAGACUUGUGGUGGCGCUCUGCAGGUUUGCAAUGGACAUUUCGGUCACGUCCGGCUCGUGUUGCCAGCUUUUCACGUCGGAUACUUCAAGCGAGUCAUCACCAUCCUACAGGAAGUUUGCAAAGAAUGUUCGCGCAUUCUGCUCCCCGAAGCCGAUCGCCGUGCCUACCUUCGUGAAAUGCGUCGUCCUGGGUUGGAUAAUUUGCGGCGCGGCCAGAUUGCGAAGCGGAUCAACGAGCGGUGUCGCAAGACACGCAACUGCGAGGCCUGUGGUGCGGUUAACGGUGUGGUGAAGAAAGCUGGAACGAGCGCCCUCAAAAUCACUCACGACAAAUUCCGUGCAUUCAACGCCUCGACUUCCGUUAAGAAAGUUCCGCCGCCUAGCAAGAUUGUUUUCGACCGGUCAUUCGACGAAGCCAGAACGUCCAACGCGGAGGUUGAGAAACAUUACAAGAAGGCCCAAGAUGAUAUGAACGCUCUCCGCGUGCUGAAUCUGUUCAAGAAGAUUUCCGAUACCGAUUGUGAGCUCUUGGGUCUGAACCCGAAGGAAGCAAGGCCGGAGAUGUUCCUCUGGCAGUUCAUUCCCGCUCCUCCGGUGUGUAUUCGUCCUUCCGUCGGUCAGGAUGCGGCGUCCACCGAGGACGAUUUAACAGCCAAGCUGGGCGACAUCGUCCAGAGCAAUAUCAACCUAAAGAACGCAUUGUUGAAGGGUGCGCCGGUACAGACAAUCAUGGAGUGCUGGGACUACAUGCAGCUACAGAUUGCCGUGUAUAUCAACAGCGAUGUGCCGGGUCUGAACAAGGCAGACCUUGGAAAGCCCAUUCGUGGUUUUGUGCAGCGUUUGAAGGGUAAGCAGGGUCGAUUCCGUGGUAACUUGUCCGGAAAGCGUGUGGAUUUCUCAGGCCGUACUGUCAUUUCCCCCGAUCCUAACCUGCGGGUCGACGAGGUUGCGGUCCCUGAGUUGGUGGCCAAGAACAUGACCUAUCCCGAAGUUGUUACUCGGUACAAUAAAGAGAAGCUACAGCAGAGAGUCCGAAACGGCACGAAGAAGUGGCCGGGUGCAAACUACAUCAUGAAGAAGGGCCAGACAUUCAAGCUCUUCCUUAAGUAUGGUAACCUGAACAUGAUUGCCGACCAACUGCAGGAGGGCGAUGUUAUUGAACGUCACAUCGAGGACGGUGAUAUUGUUCUUUUCAACCGACAGCCCUCUCUGCACAAGCUCAGUAUUCUGUCUCACUUUGCCAAAGUCCGUCCCCACCGGACGUUCCGAUUGAACGAGUGUGUCUGUAACCCUUACAACGCGGAUUUCGACGGAGACGAGAUGAACCUUCACGUGCCUCAGACGGAGGAGGCGAGAGCCGAAGCGAUGGAACUUAUGGGAGUUAAGAACAACUUGGCCACGCCCAAGAACGGAGAGCCGAUUAUUUCUGCCAUUCAAGAUUUCAUUAGUGCUGCCUACAUUCUCAGUAGCAAGGACAACUUCUUCGACCGCCGCUCGUUCACCCAGAUUUGCCUGUACAUGCUGGGUCCGCAGACACGCUUCGACCUCCCCCCUCCUGCUGUGCUUAAGCCUCAGAUGUUGUGGACCGGAAAGCAGGUUUUCAACAUUCUCAUGCGGCCGAACAAGGAUGACCCUGUUUUGGUCAACCUGGAUGCCGCAUGCAGAGAGUUCAAGGCUCCCAAGGAUGGUACACCACGCGAUCUAGACCCGAAGGAUGCCUGGCUCGUCAUCCGAAACUCUGAGGUGAUGUGUGGUGUGAUGGAUAAGUCCACCAUUGGUUCCGGAAAGAAAGACAACGUCUUCUAUAUUAUGCUGAGAGAUUACGGGCCGGUGGCGGCUGCUGAGGGUAUGAACCGCUUGUCCAGGCUCUCAGCCCGCUGGUUUACGAACAUGGGAUUCUCGAUCGGUAUUACCGACGUAUAUCCCAGCGAAAAGCUCUUACGUUCGAAGCAUAACCUCGUCGAAACGGCCUACGCACAGUGUGACGAAGUCAUUGCCAAGUACAAGGCAGGCACGCUGGAGAAGUAUCCUGGUUGUGACGAGUUGCAGACCAUGGAGAACCAAUUGUCCGGUAUUCUCAGUAAGGUCCGUCAGCAGGCAGGUGACGAGUGUAUUGCCCAACUGAGCAAGUACAACUCGCCCCUAAUCAUGGCCACGUCUGGAUCCAAGGGUUCCAGUAUCAACGUGUCCCAGAUGGUGGCCCUGGUCGGACAGCAGAUUAUCGGUGGUCAGCGUGUGCAGGACGGCUUCCAGGACCGUACCCUGCCGCACUUUCCCAAGAACGCUCGCCAGCCCCCGUCCAAGGGUUUCGUCCGGAACAGUUUCUUCUCCGGACUCGAGCCCACGGAGUUCAUCUUCCACGCCAUGUCCGGUCGUGAAGGUCUGGUCGAUACGGCUGUCAAGACUGCCGAGACGGGUUACAUGUCUCGUCGGUUGAUGAAGUCGCUUGAAGAUCUCUCGACCAGAUAUGAUGAUACCGUGCGUAACUCGUCGGCGGCCAUUGUCCAGUUCCAGUAUGGUGAUGAUAAGCUUGAUCCCUUGGAUAUGGAGGGUAAGGCCAAGCCUGUCCACUUCGACCGGACUUUCAUUCACGCCGAAUCCACGACUUACAAAAACGACGAGCGGAGUUUGCUUCCGGCUGAAAUUAUGGAGAUCUGCGAAGAGAUGCUUUCGAAGGAGCGCUCCAAGUUGGUGCGGAAGGAUCUGAUGGGCAACGAGCUCGGCUACAUGGAUCGGUCCGACCAUGGUGUCGAUCAAUUCGAGAGUGCUCGCGACUUCCUCGAGUCUAUCCAGCAAUACGUGGCUACGAAGGCAGACAAGCUGAUUUCCCGCGGUGGUGACAUCGACCCCAACGACGAGAGAAGUCAAAAGGGUCUCAACCACACCGGCAAGCUGACUGAGCGGACACUCCGCACUUUCAUCUCCUCAUGUUUGAUGAAGUACAAGAAGGCCCAGGUCGAAGCUGGCCACGCCGUCGGUGCAGUUGGUGCACAGUCCAUUGGUGAACCUGGUACGCAGAUGACGCUGAAGACUUUCCACUUUGCUGGUGUCGCCGGUAUGAGUAUCACACAGGGUGUACCCCGUAUUAAGGAAAUUAUCAACGCGUCGAAGGAGAUCAGUACGCCUGUCGUUGCUUGCGAGCUCGUCACCAAGGACAACAUCAUCGCGGCGCGGAUCGUCAAGGGACGUAUCGAGAAGACCUACUUGCGAGACAUUAUCCACUAUGUCCGUGAGACAUGGACAGGAAAGGAAGCCUAUAUCACGGUGAAGAUCAACUGGAAGACCAUCCAAGACUUGGCACUGGAGCUGAAGAUCGAGAACAUCUUGUCGGCAAUCAAGAACCACAAGCGGUUCAAGGCGGACGAUCUGAAGUUCCGCUGCUCACGGUCCCACAUCCACGUCUACAUGGACGUGGACCCGUCCACCAAGGCCAACCUGUCCAAGACGGAGAUCGCCCACACCAGUGCUGAUCCUUUCCUCCGUCUGAAGCACCUGAAGCGCAUGCUUCCCGACAUCCAAGUCCUGGGUCACCCCCAGGCCUUCCGUGCCAUCAUCCGAACCGAUGAGACGUCUACCACCAACACGCUUCUGGUAGAAGGCUACGGUCUCCGGGAGUGUAUGACGACGAUGGGUGUGGACGGACUGCGCACGUCAACCAACAACGUGAUGGAGAUGCGGGACGUUCUCGGUAUCGAGGCAGCGCGGACGACCAUCGUGCAGGAAAUCAGCGAGGUCAUGAAGGACAUGGACAUUGAUCCGCGACACAUGCAGUUGCUGGCCGAUGUCAUGACCUACAAGGGUGAAGUGCUGGGUAUCACGCGAUUCGGUCUUGCGAAGAUGCGUGACUCCGUGCUGCAGCUGGCGUCGUUCGAAAAGACGGCGGACCAUCUGUUCGACGCCGGUGGCGCGGGUCGCAGCGAUCUCAUCGAAGGUGUGUCCGAGUGUAUCAUUAUGGGCAAGACGGUGUCGCUGGGAACGGGAGCGAUGGAGGUGGUGCGCAAGAUGAACUUCUUCGAGGGGCAGAUCGGGGCACGCAAGACGACGUUCGAAGAUACUUGGAGCGAGGUGUACGAGGCGCCAUUGGAGAGAGCCAAGGCAGCUCGCCGCAAGCGAUCAUGA